AUGGUCCUCAUAACCACCAUCCACGAAUCCCUCCCCUACAUCGACCCCGAACCCACGCCCACCGAACGCGCUGCAGCAGAAGCCCUCAUAGCCGCCGAACUAGACGACACCACACCACCACACCCCUCUCUCCCCGCCCUCCUCCCCUCUCACUUCACGCCUCGAAUCGAACAAGAACUCCUCCGGCACUCCCGCAACGAGCCCUUAAAUGCAAUCGACCUUUCCCGCUACGAAUCCCUCUCCGCCCCCUCUUCUACAAAAACCCCCGACUCCCUCCACCUCUGGCGCACCGCCCUGCAGCGCGCCCGAACAUCUUCCACCUACCUCUCCUCACGACGCACGAACCUCGCGCUGCUGGAGCAAUACGGCAAGAACGCAUGGUUGAUCUCGAAUGCGCAGUUGGAGGAUAUACUACGGGGGUUGGAGAGGGAGCUGGCGGCGGUGAAGGGCGAGAUGGAUGGGGUGGUUAUUGAGCGGCGCGGGGCGCAGGAGGGGGUUGGUGGGGAGAUGAGCGCACUGGAGGAGGGGUGGAGGAAGGGGGUGGGGAGGGUGUUGGAGACGGAGGUUGCGUGUGAGCAGGUGCGACGGGAGAUUUUGGAGAGGAGGAGGGGAGGGGCGGUUUAG